GCUAUACGUGUUAACUGCUGUCUACAGUCAUCGUGGUUACUGUUGUCGUAUCGUGUCGUCUGUUCGUUUCCUGACUCGUCCUGUUGCUGUCUUUCUCUGCCCCGCGGUAUCUAGUAAUAUUAAUUAUUUUCGUCAACCUUGUACAGUUUAUGCAAAUCGUUCAUAUUAUUACCGUUGUUAAUUUCACCCAUAAUCGAAUUCAACAAUCAGACGUUUGAAGUGUUAUAUCGUGCGUGGUGUACCUAGUGACAAUAAAAAAUUGAAAGCAAGUACCUUUUUGUUAUACUACUUUCUACCCAAUCAUCAUCAGCUCUAUAGGACGCAAAAUGGACAAUUUACGUUUUGAUGGACGAGUAGUAAUAGUCACAGGAGCUGGUGCAGGUUUGGGUAAAGCUUAUGCUUUAUUAUUUGCUGAACGUGGAGCAUCUGUGGUCGUCAAUGAUCUUGGAGGUAGUCGAUCUGGAGAUGGUAGUAGUUGUAAAGCUGCUGAUUCUGUUGUGUCGGAAAUUCGUGCUAAAGGUGGAAAAGCUGUACCUAAUUAUGACUCAGUUGUAGAUGGUGAUAAAUUAGUGCAAACUGCAUUGGAAAACUUUGGCCGUAUUGAUAUAAUAGUAAAUAAUGCUGGCAUAUUGAGGGACAAAUCAUUUGCUCGUAUAAGUGAAUCUGACUGGAAUUUAGUACAUGAUGUUCAUUUGAAAGGUGCUUUCAAAGUCACUCAAGCUGCAUGGCCACAUUUUCGAAAACAAAAUUAUGGUCGUGUGAUAGUCACUAGCUCUAAUUCUGGUUUAUAUGGAAACUUUGGACAGGCAAAUUAUUCAGCUGCCAAACUUGGUCUAGUAGGUCUUUGUAAUACCAUGGCUAUUGAAGGCAGAAAAAACAAUAUCAACUGUAAUGUAAUUGUACCUACUGCAGCAUCUAGGCUUACUGAAGAUAUUUUACCUCCCGAUUUCUUUGCUGAAUUGAAACCUGAACUAAUUGCACCUGUAGUAGUAUGGCUUUGUCACGAGACUUGUGAAGAAAAUGGUUCUAUAAUUGAAUCAGCUGCUGGAUGGGCUACUAAAUGUCAUUUGGUAAGGGGAAAUGGUGCUUUACUUAGACACAAGAUUACUGAUACAGUCGCUCCUGAAAAUGUCCGUGAUGUUUGGAAUAAAUUGACCGAUAUGUCAUCAGCAACUAGACUAAAUUCUAUUGAAGAAGCAUCUUCAACUUUAUUGGGUGUUUUAGAUGAAAUUAAAUCAGGUCCACAAGAAACAGAAAAUGAAGCUGUUGGUGUGUUCAGCUAUAAUUAUCGAGAUUCCAUCAUUUAUGCUAUCGGAGUUGGAGCAAGUGUGAAAGAAGAAAGUGAUCUUCAAUACUUAUAUGAAUCUCAUGAAUAUUUUUCAACACUUCCUACUUUUGGAAUUUUACCGAGUCUGAUGACUGCUAUGAGUAGUAGUUUAAUAACAGAGGCAAUUCCUGGAAAAGAAUUUGAUUUAUCUCAGGUAUUACAUGGUGAACAAUUUUUAGAAUUACAUAAGCCUUUGCCAACAGAAGGCAAACUAAGUACUAAAAUAAGUGUUUCUGACAUUUUGGAUAAAGGCAAAAAUGCUGUAAUUAUUAUUGAUGGUAAAACAUUUGAUGAAUCAGGUGAAUUAAUAAUAUCAUCGCAAAUAUGUACUUUUGUUUUGUCAGCUGGAGAAUUUGGGGGGAAAAGAACUUCAAAAGUUUUAGUUCCGUUACUUGAUGAACCUUCACGUUCUCCAGAUUCUUCUGUUAAAGAGAAAACUUCUGUAAAUCAAGCAGCUGUAUAUAGAUUAUCUGGUGAUUUAAAUCCUUUACAUAUUGAUCCAUCAUUUGCUCUUGCUGCUGGUCAUCAAGUACCUAUACUUCAUGGGUUAGCUACUUUGGGAAUAUCAGUACGACAUAUCCUCAAACAAUAUGCUGAAAAUAAUUCAAAAUUAUUCAAAUCACUCAAGGUGAGAUUCAGUAAACCAGUUAUACCAGGUCAAACACUGUGUACAUCAAUGUGGAGAGAAGGAAACCGCAUUCACUUCAAAACAACCGUACUGGAAACCAAAGAUACUGUUCUAUCAGGCGCUUACAUGGAAUUACACGAGGUUAAAUUACCAGCCAAACCACAUGUGGUAUUAUGCUCUAGUCAAGUAGAAGAACUACCAAGUGAUGCAGUAUUCCAAGGUAUGCAAGAACGCAUAGACUCUAAUCCAAAAUUAAUAAAAUCCAUCAAUGGUGUUUUCUUGUAUUACAUCACAAAAAACGGGAAAGUUACCAGCACUUGGACUGCGGACCUGAAAAUUGGUAAAGUUUAUCGCGGAGAACCCGAAAAAGGUGUUAAAGCAGAUACAACAUUGACUAUUGAUGAUACAGAUAUGAUUGAUUUGGCUCUUGGAAAGCUGAAUCCUCAGAUGGCAUUUAUGAAGGGUAAACUGAAAAUUAAAGGCAACAUUAUGUUAGCUCAAAAAUUAAAAGCAUUAAACACAGAAUCAAAAUUAUGAAUGUGUUAUAUUAUACUGCUGGAAUUUGGGGAAUCAAAUUUAUGAUUAGGUUAAUGGGUAAGCAUAAAGCAUGUCCCUCAGUUGAUUUUGAGGUAAAUUAUUGUUAGAUAUUUUUAUAUUAUGUUUUAUUUAUUUGUUUAAAUGUAUUGUUUUUUUUUUUUUAAUUUUACAAA